AUGCCGACCCCGGAAGAACUGAGAAAGCGGAGCGAUAAGAGAAACAAAUACCAACAGAAAUACAGAGCAGCAAGGAAAAUAGGUCCCGAUGAAGCCAAAAGGAGAAGAGAUAAUGACCUUGCAUCUCGGCGGAAAAAACGUGCUGCAAAGAAGGCCAAAGAAACCCCCGAAGAAACGAGAGUGAGGAAAGAGGGGACAAGCAGAAAAGCACGGGAACGAAGAGCAGCAAAGGAUGUACUUGAUCCCGAUAAAGCCAAAAAAAGAAGAGAUAGAGAGUAUACAUCUCAGCGGGAUAAACGUGAAAAAAUGGCCGAAGAAACACCCGAAGAAAUGGAAGCGAAGAGGAAGGAGACAUACAGAAAAGCAAAGGAAUUAAUUGCAUCAGAGCGAACGAGAGCGAGGAAGGACAAGAUAAAUAGAAAAGCACAGAAAAGAGCAUGGAGAAAAAAGGCAGCAUUGCAGAGAAGUGACGCCAAGGGAGCGAAAGAACAAGCAGCAGUAUCCGAAAGAAACAACAGCUUCACGUCCCCUACAAGCGACAAUCGUUCUGUGGGCCCUGAAAGCCCAAAAGACCCUGAAUAUUACAGCACCUCAAGUCCAGAUCAUAAUGCUGCGUUUACUAUGACUGGUAUGAGAACCUCAUUACCUCACAGUAAUCCUGGACAAACAGCACACAGCAGAUUUGACUUUAUGCCUACAAGCGAUUCUUAUCAUCCAUCGUCUAUGAACAAUAUUGGAUACUCAGCACCUCCCAAUACUCAUACUCAUAUACAAACAGCAAACAGCAGACCUGACCCGCCCCCUACAAUCUAUUAUGAUUCUGGACCACAUACGAACAGCAACAAUUCCUUAUCACUUGCAGGAGGCUAUGGUCCUGCAAGACCUGAAAUACCUGUCGGGUAUGAAUCUGCAGGAUUCGCAACAUCGUUCGCACAGCCCACAAGCGGUGAUUACCAUCCGUCGUCUAGGACCAGUUAUGAAUCCCCAAUACCUUCCAGUAUUACUGCACCAACAGCGGACAGCAUGUAUCAUUAUUAG